AAUUUAAACCUUCUCCGGCCUGCACUACUAAACAUAAAACCAGGUUCAUUUGGGGGUGAAUAAUGGCAAAGAAAGUGACUAUAGUUUCACAUUGUUUCUCUGCUUUUCUCCUGUUUUAUUUAUGUGGGACAGUAGUUUGUGUCAAGUACAAUACUGGAGCUAGUGUUGUGCCAGGCAAAUUGAAUGUUCAUCUCAUUGCUCAUUCCCAUGACGAUGUUGGUUGGCUCAAAACCGUUGACCAAUACUAUGUUGGGUCCAACAAUAGUAUUCAAGGUGCAUGUGUGGAGAAUGUGCUGGACUCGGUGGUAGUGUCCCUUCAGCUUAACCAAAACAGAAAGUUUGUGUUCGCUGAGAUGGCUUUUUUCCAUAGAUGGUGGGUGGAACAAACUCCACAGACACAGGUGCAAGUGAGAAAGCUUGUGGAUGCUGGCCAGCUAGAAUUUAUAAAUGGUGGUUGGUGCAUGCAUGACGAAGCCACGACUCACUACAUAGACAUGAUUGAUCAAACGACUCUUGGUCACCGCUUCAUCAAAAACCAAUUCAACAAGGUCCCUCGUGCAGGGUGGCAGAUUGAUCCCUUUGGACACUCUGCUGUUCAGGCUUACUUGCUUGGUGCUGAGCUUGGUUUUGAUUCUGUGCACUUCGCUAGGAUUGAUUAUCAGGACAGAGCUAAGCGCAAAGUUGAUAAGACUCUUGAAGUUGUGUGGCGAAGCUCCAAGACAUUUGGCUCUUCAGCCCAGAUUUUUGCCAAUGCUUUUCCUGUUCAUUAUAGUCCCCCAAGUGGUUUUCAUUUUGAAAUCAAUGAUGACUUUGUUCCCGUACAGGAUGAUCCCCUUCUAUUUGAUUACAAUGUUGAACAGCGAGUCAAGGACUUCAUUGCUGCUGCUAUUACACAAGCAAAUGUGACUAGGACGAACCAUAUUAUGUGGACAAUGGGCGAUGAUUUCCAGUACCAAAAUGCAGAGAGUUGGUUCAAACAAAUGGAUAAACUAAUUCACUAUGUUAAUAAGGAUGGCAGAGUGAAUGCUUUAUAUUCUACUCCAUCUAUUUAUACCGAUGCAAAAAAUGCUGCAAAUCAACCAUGGCCCCUGAAAACUGAUGAUUACUUCCCGUAUGCGGAUGGACCAAAUGCUUAUUGGACAGGCUAUUUCACUAGUCGGCCAGCGUUUAAGCGAUAUGUUAGGAUCCUUAGUGGAUACUAUUUGGCAGCACGACAACUUGAAUUUUUUGCUGGAAAGAAAUCCACUGUAGGCCACACUAUAGACCUUGGAGAUGCUCUCGGCGUUGCACAGCAUCAUGAUGCUGUCUCUGGCACUGCCAAGCAACACACAACUAAUGACUAUGCAAAACGACUUGCUAUUGGAGCCUCAAGGGCUGAAGCUGUUGUUAGUUCUUCUUUGUAUUGUCUUACUAGCAAGAAACUAGGGGUUCAAUGCUCAGCACCUACAUCGGCAUUUUCCCAGUGUCAAUUACUCAAUAUCAGUUACUGCCCACCAACAGAAGACGGUAUUCCACAAGCGAAGAGUUUGGUAUUAGUGGUGUAUAACCCACUUGGAUGGAAUCGCAGUGACAUUGUUAGAAUACCAGUUAAUGACGCAAAUCUUGUUGUAAAAGAUUCAUUGGGAAAUAACAUUGAAACACAAUAUAUAGAAGUGGAUAAUGUUACAGCAAAUUUAAGAGAAUUCUAUGUCAAAGUUUAUGUGGGAGUGUCACCCCAACAAGCCCCAAAGUACUGGCUUCUAUUUCAGGCUUCUGUACCUCCACUUGGAUGGAGUACGUAUUUCAUUUCUAAAACAGCAAAAAAAGGCAAAAACAGGAUUGGAUUUCUCUCAUACCAAAGCAGUCAAAACAAAGAUACCAUUGAAGUAGGUCCGGGAAAUUUAAAGCUGUCAUUUUCUUCAGAGUCUGGACAACUCAUACGGAUGCAUAAUUCCAAAACUGGAGUAGCUGUACCAAUUCAGCAAAGCUAUCUCUGGUAUAGUUCCAGUCAAGGUGAAGGUCAGGAUUCUGGUGCAUAUAUAUUUCGGCCUCAUACCCCUCCAAAUAUUGUUUCAAGAUCAGUGCCCUUCAAGAUAAUCCGCGGACCAUUAGUUGAUGAGGUUCAUCAGGAGUUUAGUUCUUGGAUUUACCAGGUUACUAGGGUCUAUAAAGACAAAGAGCAUUCAGAGAUUGAAUACACUAUUGGUCCAAUUCCUAUAGAGGAUGGAAUUGGAAAAGAGGUGAUCACCCAAAUGACAGCAAAUAUGGUUACAGACAAAGAGUUCUAUACUGACUCUAAUGGAAGAGAUUUUUUGAAACGGGUUCGAGAUCAUAGGGAUGAUUGGCCACUUCAAGUUCAUGAACCAGUAGCAGGCAACUAUUAUCCACUCAAUCUUGGAAUUUAUGUUAAGGAUAAGAAAUCUGAAUUGUCGGUCUUAGUUGAUCGGGCCACUGGAGGAGGCAGUAUCAAAGAUGGUCAGGUGGAACUUAUGCUUCAUAGGCGCAUGCUCUUUGAUGAUGGCAGAGGAGUAGACGAAGGUCUUGAUGAACUAGUGUGCCAAAAUGAUAGAUGUCAAGGACUAACAGUAAGAGGAAAUUAUUAUGUGGGCAUCCACAAACUUGGAGCUGGUUCACACUGGCGCCGUACAACUGGUCAGGAAGUUUAUUCACCACUAUUAUUGGCUUUUGCACAUGAGGACUUAGGAAACUGGAAGGCCUUUCAUGUGACCAGAGGAACUGUCAUUGAUCCUAAUUACAACUUACCUCCCAAUGUUGCUCUGAUAACUCUUGAGGUGUUGGAUAAUGGAAUGGUGCUUCUCCGUUUGGCACAUCUAUAUGAGGCUGGUGAAGAUGCUCAGCUUUCAACUUUGACCAAAGUUGAAUUGAAGAAAAUGUUUGCCACAAAAAUGAUAAGGGGAUUGAUUGAGGUUAGUUUAUCAGCAAAUCAAGAGAAGGAAAAAAUGAAGAAGAAAACAUGGAACGUUGCAGGGGACAAGGGACAAGGGUCUAAAUCAGUUAGGGGUGGCCCUGUCAGCCAUAUUAAUCUCGUAGUUGAGCUUGGUCCCAUGGAAAUACGUUCUUUCCUGUUGAAAUUCUAAAAAAUACAAUAGCCCAUUUGAAGAUUUCGUAAUAAGAAAUCAAGUAAUCUAGCAUGUGUCUCUUUUAAUUGCAAUAUUCCAUAUCUUACUGUAGAAUCAUGUUAGACAGUUAAUUAUGCAAAGUGUCCCUUAAUAUCAAUCACAUUACACACGCAUAAUUCAAAUAAAA